CUCCCGAAUCUUGUUUCCAGCCAGUCCAAUCUAGCAGCGUUUCUUCCCCCUCGGCGCAAUCAAUUUCAUUCUCCGACCAAGCGCCCCCCCGUCACCAUGAUCACCGACGAAGAACUCCACCGGCUCGCCGUCUUCCUCGGCUCCUGCGCUAUGAUGAUGAUCGUUCUCUACCACUUCCUCGAAGUGAACGCUAAAGAUCAUGGGGAGGAUCUUAAGGACACGAACAAGCAAGCUACGGGCGCGUCGGCCGGUUCGACUCCCGCGGCGGUGACGGCGGGGACGUCGUCGGCGACGGGAGGGGGGAAAGAUCGGUAGUUUUGGGAUCUAUCUAUUGCCCGCGAUGGAUGCAUGGGGUUGAUCGGUGUUCUGUUUGCUAUACUAUGUAUGUUUAUUGUUCCUGAGCGCUCGGGGGAGACAUGAGGGAGACACUCGACAAAGGGAAAGAAAAGAGGCGAUGAAAGGAUACCCGGGUGGUCGCCGUCAAUACAUGAUCUUCGAAGAAAAAUCCUUUGAUUGUAUGAUACAUGAUGGAUGCUCCCACUGCUGCUCCAUGCUAUUGAUUUACAAGGUACCUCUGAAAACCUGCUGGUCCAGGAGGGAAAGAAAGUCCCGUGAAAACAACACUCGCCAAACACCAAUUCCUGCUACCGCCGCGGUCAAAUGCCCUGUCGGCGAAACCACG